AUGUGGUGCAAAUGGAGGUCUGCUUUUGGUGAGGAGACAGCAAAGUCAUCGCGCUGCUGCUCUUCCGAUCCUCUGCUGUCAAACGGCACCCCCUCUCCUCCCCCUCCCGCAACCUCUCCCACUGGGAAAGUGAACCCCCUCCAACCAGCCAGGCGCGGGCUCGGCUGGGACCCGGCCCCUGGCCUCCUCCCCACCGCCACCACCGGCGGCGCCGGUCGACGCCGACGCCGGCGCCGCCUCCACCUCGCCCCCCUCAACCCCCGCCCCAGAUCCACCUCGUCCUCCCGUCCUCCCACUCCCUGGACGCCCGCGGGCGCAGGGCGCACCAAGGCCACGAGGUGGGUCGAGGAGUCCGACAUCUCCAUCUACGACACCGACACCGACGCCGACGAUGACGCCGAGUCCGCGCAACCAUCUCGGGGGUCCUACCUCGACGCCGUCCGCCGGGGCUCUCCGGCACAGGCAAGCCUGGAGGCAGGGACUAGUUCCCAGCAGUACACCUGUGUCGUCAAGGAGCAACCACCGAAGGCCGCGGAGGCAGGGGAACUUCAACGCCCAUCAAAGCGCAAAAGGGGGAAGCGCCGACCGAGGCCUAGGCAGCCUGUGCGCCACGACGAGCAAGCUCCAAAGCAUAGGCUGUGCGCCACGACGAGCAGGCUCCGGAGCAUAGGCUGUGCGCAAAAGGGCGAAGCGCCGACGGAGGCCUAG